UUUGAUUGUUUACUAUAAUCAUAUGAUCAGACAAAUCCUCCCCAGACAUGGCAUCCUACACCCAAGAGGAUGAUGACCACUAUCGCUCGGAGUUCAGCUCCAGCUACGUGGUGGGAUCCUUCCCCAAGGACUUUGUGUAUGGUCCAGACGACCCCGACCAGGAUAUCACCACCAUCCUCUCGCCCGACCAGAAGCCCAAGAUCCUGCUUAUGGGUCUGCGGAGGAGUGGAAAGUCCUCCAUACAGAAGGUCGUGUUCCACAAGAUGACCCCCAAUGAGACCCUGUUCCUGGAAUCGACCAACAAAAUAGAGUCUGAAAACAUAUCCAAUUCAUCCUUCGUGCAGUUCAAGAUCUUGGACUUUCCAGGACAGAUAGAUUUCUUUGAACCUUCUUUCGAUUCCGAGAAGAUUUUUGGGGGACAGGGAGCCCUAGUCUUCGUUAUAGAUGCACAAGAUGAUUACAUGGAAGCCCUACAGCGGUUACACCAGACAGUUUUAAGAGCACACAAAGUGAAUCCGCAUCUACGAUUCGAGGUGUUUAUUCACAAGGUUGACGGCCUCUCGGAUGACACCAAGAUCGAGACCCAGCGAGACAUCCAUCAGAGAGCCAAUGACGAUCUCAUAGAUGCAGGCAUGGAACAGAUUCACCUGAGCUUCUAUUUAACUUCCAUUUAUGACCAUAGUAUAUUUGAAGCCUUUAGUAAAGUUGUACAGAAACUGAUCCCUCAGUUACCAACACUGGAGAACCUCCUGAACAUCUUUAUAUCAAAUUCUGGAAUAGAAAAAGCUUUCCUGUUUGAUGUACUAUCCAAAAUCUACAUAGCCACUGAUUCUUCCCCAGUAGACAUGCAGAGCUAUGAAUUGUGUUGUGAAAUGAUAGAUGUUGUUAUUGAUAUCUCUGACAUCUAUGGAAAAGAUGAAGGAGUGCAAGUACAGUUCGACAAGGAGAGUUCCAGUAUCAUCAAGUUGAAUAACCAGACGAUUCUCUAUUUGCGAGAAGUUAGCCGAUACUUAGCCCUAGUUUGCAUACUUAGGGAGGACAACUUUGACAGACAAGGUCUGAUCGACUACAAUUUCCUCUGCUUCCGAAACGCAAUCCAGGAGGUGUUUGAUGUGCGAACCAACCAGCUGCAGCAGCUGAACCACAACACCUCUACGCCACAUCACCAGACCAACCACACGAAUGGUCCUACUUCCUAGUACACCCUCAGCAUCUAUCACUAGCACACCACCAUCCACCACCACUCAUUUCUUACUCACUGUUGAUGCCUCUCUCAUCCUCCUGCUGACGUCAUUCUGCACACUCACAGAAGAGCCUGAAAAGUCCUUGUAUGUGGCCUUCGGAUGUGUUUGAUGGUGAGUGGUGGCACACACUGGGGUUACCAGGCUGCUGUCAGUGAGGUGACUGACACCUUGUUGGUUGACAAGGCUGCAGUACGACAAGCAACAUCACAUUUUCAUGCAGUAUUGAAAGUUCAUUUAAGGAAGAAUGCUUACAGGAUGUAUGGCAAUAUUGACAUGAUUUUUUUUCUCUCUCUCUUUUUUAUGUAAACCACUUAGCCAAAAUUAUGUCAGCUUUUUUUUCUUUGUUUUUCUUUAAUAGUAUAAGCUUUUUGACUUUUUUCACUUAGAAAUGAUUUGCAAAUAAUUGUAUCAAUUAUCAUAUUGAUAAUUUAUGAUACUGAUUUAAGCAGAAACACUGUCCUUUUCAAAAUCAGACCAUUAAGAUUUAUCACCAAAACCAAGGGCAUAAUAGUUAUAACAUUCAUAGCUUUUAGUGAGUGAGAUAGUUUAGUAGUGAUGCUGUUGUUCCUGUAGAAUUAAUUGAGUAUUCUGUUUAGGAUCUGGAAGUUUGAGAUGGCAAAAGGCUGAGGGGACUAUCUUUCUUUUUUCUAUUUUUUUACCAAUUGGUAUUAUGAAUAUCUUUAUACCAUGAACACCUCUCUCUAUUUAUUUUGAUAUGAAUAGAAGGAGGGACAGAUAUUAUCGAUAUGUUUUUUUUUUUGUAGAUAUUUAUUAUUACAGUAUGAUUAUUCCUGCUCAUAUCUAAUGCCAGUAUAUUGUUUUUAGUUUGUUAACAUUAGUUGUUUCUUCAUUUUUAUUAUUUUAUCUACUGAUGUUGAGUAGAUGAUUUGACAGUGUUUUGACAUCUUUAUCCACCAAUUUUUUUUUUUUUUUUUUUAGACAAGAUAAUUUCCAUAUAUUUGCCACAAGGCCAUUUUACUGUUGGUGUAUGUU